AUGCUAGUAUGUGCCGGCGAUAGAGCCCUGCGGGCUCGAGCUUUUUCAUCCCGCAGAGUAAAAUCCGAUCCCUAUCCCGAUCCCGUUACUGUACGUGCGGAUUUCACGUCAAUUAAAGAUGUCGAAUUACUACUAGUCGACGGUAAAAUUUAUAUUAAUCAAAUGACCCAUGCAGUGCGACCGUAUUAUAAACCAUUACGCAUUAAUAAAUGUAUGAAAUGUUUUCAUCAUGAUCACAAAACAAAAGAAUGUCCAAAUCAGCAACUAUGCGCGCGAUGCGGCGAACAACAUAAUAUGUCCAACGGCUGCGAGCGACAAGAAAAAUGUGCAAAUUGUAGCAGCGAUCAACAUUCAGUCGGUCACCCAUCAUGCCCAAUUAUCCAGAGAAUCCGUAAACAGAUUAGCGAGCAACAAAAGAGAUAUCGUGCAGAACUGAUAAUCGAACGCUCAAGUCAACAGCAAAAUUAUGAUUAUCAUUCAGCUGAACAGUUUCCAGCGCUCGAUCAGAUAAAUCAAGUCAGCUCUAUUCAUCAAUACGAGCGCUAUGCCGAUGCAGCAACGGGAAAUCAACAAACUAUAAACGCAUCUUUUUAUUCACCACCUGAUGAACCAAUUCCUAAAGCCGCGCUUACCUCAUUGCUGCGCUUCUCAAAUAAUCUAAUUAUCGUCGGAGACUUCAAUGCAAAACAUCCGGACUGGCAAUGUCCAACUAUCAAUACAAAAGGUCGGCAGUUAUCCGAAUGGCUUGAUGGAAAAAAUCUAGAGAUACGUAAUUCGGGAAUGAAGACAUCUUUACGUUCAGAUACAACAAUUGAUUUAAUAAUAUCAACAGAAAAUCCGCCGUUCGUUGAAUGUCAUACCUUACCCUAUACCGGCAGCGAUCAUUUGCCUGUACUA